AUGGCGAGUGAAGAUCAGAAAAUGUUUGCAUAUGUGUCUCGUCCAUCCGCUCGGGAUAGGAGUUCAAACUGUACACAUUCACGACUUACACGUCUUUUCGAAGGGUCUGACCACGAAAAGUGCUCAAUUUGUCAGAGAACACCAAUCUUUGGAUGGCUCUACCGAUGCACACAAGACUCUGGUGGCUUCCUGCCAGCUUCCGACUUUGCUGAUGCUCGCGAUCACCAGCAGGUCGAAUUCGAUGCACAGCUGUACAUGCUCAGCCCUUCCAUUAUGCAAGCUGCACACGAGGGACAUUACACCGACCAAGAACUCAACAUUCUCUGGAAGCAGAAGAUUGGGGUUCGUAAAACCAUUCAGCAGUUACGGCCUACGACUUCCUCCACCGCCUCUUCAGUCAGCAGCAUCUGUGAUACCGAGACCGAGACAGAGGCUAGUCAAUUGUCUGAGUUGACAUCACUGUGUCGUGGUGCCCUUGAACCUAUACCUGAAGUGCACGACGAGCUGGAAAAGGAAGAACAAAUGUUGCGUCUGGUCAUGCCCUCACUUCCGCCUCCUUGUCAAUUGAAAGUCUGUCAUAGUUGUCGACCAGUCUACCGAGAACGUGCUUGGCUCUCCUUAAACCAGGUCGUGACUUCGACCUGCGAAUAUCCACCUGAGCACGAAAUCAAUAACAGAAGGGUAUCUGAUGUACGUAUCGUGAAGAACUUGGGUUUCUGCAGCAAAAAUUCUCAACACAGCGCGGAAGAUACGGGAAGAGAUGGCAGGACAAAUUUCCAAGCAACUGUUCAACGACUCCUGAGGGAUCACGAUAUUGAGCCAGACGAACCAAAGGUCCAACCUCUAAAGCUUCGUCAUUCAGAAACCUGCUACGAUCUCACUACACUCACUUCUGCAAAUUCUGACAAUCUGCCUUUACCGACGAGCCAUCCGAGUGGUCAAGCCUCCCUUCAAGAACGACGGCGACUCGAUGACCAUGGUUCGACGGACACGAACAAUACGACCCGUCGUCGCCGAGGCGUCGAACAACAAUGUGUGCUUCCACCAGCCCAGCAACCAAAUACUAGCAGCGAGUCCUAUGAAGGUCCACCUGCCAACGAUAGCAGUUCCACCUCUUCAGGUGGUCUCACUCUGAAAAUUGAUACACACGAGGCAAAUGCGGCAUACAAGGAUAACACUCCCCUUCAGAAGACACCGACAGAGUCACUAAAGGACUCUCUGAAACGAUUUGGGAUGAUGGGCAAGUUGGCAGCGCGGUUUCCCAUCGACUGA